UAGGCUGGAGAGGUGGGACGAGCCUUUGCGCGUGGGGGGCCGGGCUGUGUCAGGGCGAGGCUACGGACUCCUCGCGCUUGAGUCGCCGUGCCCUUUGGAGACAGAGGCGGGGGAAGAGGGCGACUGGGCCACGGCCGGAGCGGCGGGCGGCGUGGAGCCCGCUUCUUGCUCUCCUACCCCCGCGCGCCUCAGUGGUGCUGGCCGAGGGAAGGACUCGCGGCUGCGGGACUCGCGCGGCUGUCAGUGCGGCGGGGCGCGCGAGCAGCGCGGCUGCGGGGUGGGCUGACCCGAGAGGAGCUGAGGGGGCGGUAGCGGCAGCGGCGAUUCGCGUGCCUGUGCUCGGCUCCUCACGCCGCGGCCGGGGCCGCCUUCUCCCUCCUUCCUUCCCGCCCCCGAGUGCGGCGGUACCGCCUCCUUCAGCGCCGCGCGGCUUCCUCCAGACCUCCGUGCGCGGGCAACCUAGGAAAUCCAGGCCUUUGGGUUGAGAUGUGAAUCAGCCAUACAAUAUUUAACUCCAGGGCCAUCCCUUAGCCUUCUACACACUGAACUGAAACUCAAGCCCUCUCCUUGGAACUCUUCAAAGACUGGAGGAAAUUCCUUAAAACCAGUGGUGAGCUCUGUUCUCAGAGGCAUUUGGUGCUGAUCCUGUAACCCAAAAGAGGAAAUUGCUGCCUGAGAUCAGCCUUGGUACUGGUGGCUACCAUGUCCUUAAAGAUCCAGACAAGCAACGUAACCAACAAGAAUGACCCCAAGUCUAUCAACUCUCGGGUCUUCAUUGGAAACCUCAACACAGCCGUGGUGAAGAAAUCUGAUGUGGAGACUAUCUUCUCCAAGUAUGGCCGUGUGGCCGGCUGUUCUGUGCACAAGGGCUAUGCCUUUGUGCAGUAUGCCAACGAGCGCCAUGCCCGGGCAGCUGUGCUGGGAGAGAAUGGGCGAGUGCUGGCCGGGCAGACCCUGGACAUCAACAUGGCUGGAGAGCCCAAGCCCAACAGACCCAAGGGGCUAAAAAGAACAGCAUCUGCCAUAUACAGUGGCUACAGCUUUGACUAUGAUUACUACCGGGACGACUUCUACGACAGGCUAUGCUGCAGCCUCUGGCCCAUUUGCUCUCACAGGCUCUUCGACUAUCGGGGCCGCCUGUCACCAGUGCCAGUGCCCAGGGCGGUCCCUGUGAAGCGACCCCGGGUCACAGUCCCCUUGGUCCGGCGUGUCAAAACCACCAUACCUGUCAAGCUCUUUGCCCGCUCCACAGCUAUCACCACCGGCUCAGCCAAGAUCAAGUUAAAGAGCAGUGAACUGCAGGCCAUCAAGACAGAGCUGACCCAGAUCAAGUCCAACAUCGAUGCCCUGCUGGGUCGCUUGGAGCAGAUUGCUGAGGAGCAGAAAGCCAAUCCAGACGGCAAAAAGAAGGGCGAAGGUGGCAGCGGCGGUGGCAGUGGCAGCGGCAGCGGCGGUGGCGGCAGCGGCGGUGGUGGCAGCGGCGGUGGCAGUGGUGCUGGCAGUUCCAGUGGUGGUGGCAGUGCCGGUGGUGGCGGCAGUGGCAGUAGUGGUGGCAGUAGCCGGCCACCAGCCCCUCAAGAGGACACGGCUUCUGAGGCAGGCACGCCCCAGGGAGAAGCACAGGCUCGAGAUGACGGCGACGAGGAGGGGCUGCUAACACACAGCGAGGAAGAGCUGGAGCACAGCCAGGAUACAGACGCGGAGGAUGGGGCCUUGCAGUAAGCAGCCUGACAGGAGUGAUGGCCACCGGCAGGAGAAGGGUGUGCACUGUACCGGGCUGGGCACCCACCCCUGGAUGCCACCCCCAGCGGGUCCUAGAGGAGAGCUGGCAGCAGGCACCUCCUCCCUCCCUCGUCCCAACCAGUGCCACAUUCUCUGCAGGUGGAGUUUUUGGCAUCCCCUCCACACUCCCUUCCUGUUGGCAAUGCCCAGGCCAGAGGGCAGAGCACAGUUUCCCUACACUCUGCCUUCCCUCCCCAGGACACUCCCAGGCUGGGGGUUUUUCUAUAGGUUUGGAGUGGGGCGGGGGAGGGACAGGGAGGAGACCCUGACAAUAAAGAGAUUGGAUCCCAA